AUGAACAUAAUUAGAUUUAACGAAGAUCAACACUAUGUACUAUUUGUAAGGCUAACGGAGGAUAAAAGGAAAAAAGAAAGUAGCCGUUUCAAGAGAAGCGAGGGCGUCUCUCCAGAUAGCAGAUUAAAAAGCUUAUCUCUGAAACCAAAAAAGUUCGUAUAUGCUGGUGUUGAAUAUUUCCAGGGAACUCAGAGCGAUGAUUGCAUAGACUAUGAAGCUGUACAUGGGUUCGUAUAUGCUGACGCUGAAGAUGUCCAGGGAAUUCAAAGGGACGGCUAAGACAUUUUCAUUAGUUACCUUAAUUCCAAAUUGAGUGCGGUUACUAAGAUAGUGAAAAAUUUUGAAUGAGACAUUGGACUGGAGAUAAGUAAUCAACCUAUAAACUUGUACAUGUCUUCUUAUGAUGCAUGAGUUUUUGGAAAAAAAAGUGGCAUCUCCGUGUAACAACGACCAGAGGCUGACCACUAUUUCACUACUAAAAGUCCACUUUUUAAAACACUACAAUCCGUAGCUCAAAAACAUGAGAGACGAAGAUUUAGAGAAAGGCCAAGAACCGGAGCAAAUAACAAACUUGUGGGAGAACAUCAAAAAUCUUGCAGGGUCCAUCACAAUGAACUCUAAAAUGGCUCAGAGUGUCGUCUUCUUGUUUCUGAAGUUUAAUCCUCUUGCGGUAGGCCAAAAGCAAGAUCCAAGAUGAGAGUAUGCUCCACUUGUGGUGGCAGUGAUGAAACUAAACAGCACCAUUUGGCUUGUUUUCACAGGUCCUAACAGUUUCCGUUGCUACUCUUUACUCUCUAUCCACUUUCUUUCUGUUGCAGUCAAUUAGAAUUAGUUAGGAGUAACCAAAAUUGCUUUCAAUAUAAUGUUGUUUACACAAAGUAGCCACUUUUAUAGUUCAUACACACUGCAAAAGUGAAUUCAUUUGAAACUGGUGUGGGCUCCAUUUUAUUGUGAAACUCUAUUUUCGAAGGCAUGUGUAUAUUAUUAUAUAUUCA